ACUUUCAGCACUGCACAACCGGAAGAGGCUGUUUGAUUGAAUGUGUCAUAUCAUGUCGCUCCACUAUGAAGUUGCAGUGUCCGAUUCCAGCCGAUUAAAAUUCUGCUUUCUGUGAACAGAAGGAUGUCACUAGUAUGUAGCUGACUGGAUUAAAGACAUCUUUAAACAUCAACACAUCAGAAUCGAGUUAUAUUUACAUCAUCGUGCAUUUCCCUGGAGAGUGAUGCCAGGAGCAUCGAGUAAUGACUGCCCACACUUGGAGUGUGUGGGGGAGAUCACUAAAGAGGAGCUCAUCCAGAAGUCUCAUGGUCAGUGUCAGGACUGUAAAGUUGGAGGACCAAACCUUUGGGCCUGUCUACAGAAUGGGUGUUCUUAUGUUGGCUGUGGGGAGUCACAUGCAGACCACAGCACCAUCCACUCACAGGAGACACAGCACAACUUGACUGUGAAUCUUACCACCUUGAGAGUGUGGUGCUACGCCUGCACCAAAGAGGUUUUCCUGGAAAGGAAACUGGGUCCCCAAGUACAGCUGCCCAGCACUGCCAAGCCCAACUCUCCAGUACAGAGCCCCAGCCAGGACCCCAAAGCUCCCGGCAGCCCGACCUCUCUGAGAGUUUCUCCAGCAGGAGCCUGUGAUGACCUGGACAUGGAAACUGAAGAGGAGGAUGAACUGAGGACCAGAGGUCUCACUGGAUUGAAGAAUAUUGGUAAUACGUGCUACAUGAACGCUGCGCUUCAGGCGCUCUCCAACUGUCCUCCCCUGACUCAGUUUUUCCUGGAGUGUGGUGGUCUGGUGAAGACAGACAAGAAGCCGGCGCUAUGCAAGAGCUAUCAAAAACUCAUCUCAGACCUGUGGCACAAAAACAGGAACUCCUAUGUUGUCCCCACAAAUCUUUUCCAGGGCAUCAAGGCUGUAAACCCAAUGUUCCGUGGUUAUUCCCAACAGGACUCUCAAGAGUUUCUGCGCUGUCUGAUGGACCAACUCCACGAGGAGCUGAAAGAGCCCAUUCCUGAACCCGAGGACCCAAAUCAGCCCGUGGCCAUGGACGACAGUCCCGACGAGGAUAACCACAGCCAGUCGGACGACUUUCAGUCUUGCGAGUCGUGCGGCAGCAGCGAUCGGGCUGAUAGCGAAUGCCCCAGAGUCCCUGAAGACAUCAACGAAGCAGAGAUGCUGAUCUCAGAGCAAAGCCAGAACAACAAAGAUUGGCAGAAAGAAAAGAACCUCAUCAACAACCUUUAUCGCGCCGGUUCCCAUGCCGACCUGGAUAAAGACGUGGACACGUCCAGUGAGACAAGGCCAAUAAUCAGCAGCCAAGGAGCCAUUAAAGCUCAGGGCCGAACUACAGACUCAAAUCCUGAUAUUCAGGUCAGCAGUAGCACCAGAUCUACAGCUGUAAAUGAAGGGAUCUCAUGCAGACUGUCCAACAGCCCCCCGAAGUCCUCCAUGUGGCCGAACCUGAGCUCUGCACACAAAAAAGUGCACUCAUUCACCCCUCCAAAGAGUAAACGGCAGAGGAAAUAUCGCAGUGUCAUCUCUGAGGUGUUCGAUGGCACUAUUGUCAGCUCUGUUCAGUGCCUGACCUGUGACAGGGUUUCAGUGACUUUGGAGAACUUCCAGGACAUCUCUCUGCCCAUUCCGGGGAAAGAGGACCUUGCCAAGCUGCACUCUUCCUCCCACCAGACGGCUUUGGUAAAGGCUGGUUCCUGUGGAGAAGCAUACGCCCCUCAAGGAUGGAUCUCAUUUGUCAUGGAAUAUAUCAAGAGCUGGUUCUGGGGGCCUGUGGUCACACUGCAGGAUUGUCUGGCUGCCUUUUUUGCAAGAGACGAGCUUAAAGGAGACAACAUGUACAGCUGUGAAAAAUGCAAGAAGUUACGGAAUGGUGUCAAAUUCUGUAAAGUUCAGAGUUUGCCAGAGAUUUUGUGCAUUCACCUCAAGCGCUUCAGACAUGAACUCAUGUUCUCCACUAAAAUCAGUACUCAUGUGUCCUUCCCCUUGGAAGGCCUAGAAAUGCAGCCCUUUCUGGCCAAGGACAGCUCCGCCCAGACCACCACCUACGACCUGCUAGCAGUCAUCUGUCACCAUGGCACUGCCAGCAGUGGUCACUAUAUUGCUUAUUGCCGGAAUGAACUGAACCAGCUGUGGUACGAGUAUGACGACCAGAGCGUCACUGAAGUAUCAGAGUCCUGUGUUCAAAACGCUGAGGCAUAUGUGCUUUUUUACAAGAAGAGUAAUGAUGAGGCACAGAAGGAAAGGCGGAAGGUGAAUGGUCUGCUCAACAUGAUGGAACCCAGCCUCAUGCAGUUUUACAUCUCACGUCAAUGGCUCAGCAAGUUUAAAACUUUCGCUGAGCCAGGACCGAUCUCCAACCAUGACUUCCUGUGUGCGCACGGAGGUAUUCCACCAAACAAAGCAACGUCCAUUGAUGAUCUCGUUGUGAUGCUUCCGCAGAACGUAUGGGAUCUUCUGUAUAGCAGGUAUGGAGGUGGCCCGGCUGUCAAUCAUUUGUACGUCUGCCACACGUGCCAGACAGAGAUCGAGAAGCUGGAAAAGCGACGUAAAAACGAACUGGACAUGUUUGUGCGGCUCAAUAAGGCGUUUCAGGAGGAGGAGUCUCCUGUAGUGAUAUACUGUAUCAGCAUGCAGUGGUUUCGGGAAUGGGAGGGCUUUGUCAAAGGCAAGGACAUUGACCCACCAGGGCAAAUUGAUAACUCCAAGAUCGCUGUAAAUAAAAAUGGACACAUCACAUUAAAACAAGGUGCCGAUUCAGGCCAAAUAUCCGAGGAAACCUGGAACUUCCUUUAUUCCAUCCACGGAGGAGGGCCGGUGGUGACAGUGCGGCCCAGCAUCAGCCAUCAGGAAACGGAGAACUCAAAAGGAGAAGAGAAAAUUGAAGUGGAGACGCGUUCCGUGUAGAUGCUUCCACACUACAAUGGGACCGAGAAACUCUUAAUUUUGCACUUCACUUUUGUCGCUAAGCAUUCGAGCAAAGGACCUUGCAGCUUCACCUCGAUACACACGUACACACAUACCUUCCACAUUUGACUGUUCUUUAUAGCAGAUACUUCUGUGCUUUGUAUAUACUGUGCAUAUCCACAUCCUAUUGGCUGAAGUUAGACCUAAGGCACAUUGUUACGGCACGUUAAUGCAUUUGAUUUUUAUGUGUGACUGCCCUUUUCUUCCCUAAAACCAAAUAGUCCAAUAUACGUGUCGAUUGGAAGAAGUGAAGAAUUCCAGUGCAUCCUUCUGUAGAUAUUGUCAGGGUAACACCUACUUUAAGGAAAUUAAGUAUGUUGUUUUAGUAGAUAAAGUCUUUAUGUUUUGUACGAGGGUAUGAAGGUAUACAAAAUGCUAUGUAGUCUCAGGAAAUAACAUUUUUUUGUUUUGCACUGUACUGUAGAUUCAAAAGCGUGCAUGCUUCAGCUCUGAUGUUCUAUGUGUAUUUGAAUGUACUAGUGCUUAAGAAACACACUUUCCUGCACUAAAUAUUAUUUAUUCCAGAGGGGUUUGUUUAUUCCAGCAUUCGUAGACAUUUUCUUUGUUAGGAAAUGAUUUGGCAAACUCCUUUCGAGCAAAUGCACGCUAAUAGGAAUGAUGUGGGACAUUAUGCUGGCAAGAAGAUCGAUUCGUUUUUGUGUUUCAUAGCUGUGCUCCUCGAUUGCAUGUAGAUGCAACAAUAAUGCACACGUUGGAGAAAAUCAAUUGCUGUCUUGUUUAAAAUGUUCUGUGAAUGAAGAAAUUGGCUCAAUUCAAUCCUGCUGCAUCAGAUGUGUACAGUCAAGGCAUUAUUUAAUGUAUAGAAGGAUGUGAUGUUGUUUUCAAUAUUGUCCACGAAGAUGCAAGCUGUAACUCAGUGGCUAAUAUUAAACCCAAAACAUACUGUGGAAACCAA